AUGGAUAUGAUUGAAACUGUAGAUAUUAUAUUUUCUUCAACGUCGUCGGCAGAAAGUGAUAGUGAUGAAUCAAGGGCAAAAAGGCCGAGAAUACAAAACUUUGUUCAGGAUGUUGUUAAUAAAUAUACAGACACAGAAUUCAAAGAAAAUUUUAGAAUGCACAGAAGGACGUUCAAUUAUCUUUUAAAUUUAGUGAAAGAACACAUUUCAUCCUCAUCUGUAGAUGUAGGCCAUCCAACAAUAGACGCAAAGCGUCAAUUAUUAUGUGCGAUAUGGUAUUUUUCCACACCAGAUAGUUAUCGAUCAAUAUGUACCCGCUUUGAUAUAGGAAAGGCAACAGGACUGAGAAUUGGAGUAUGUGAUUAUAAAAUGUUAUUUACACAUUGUUAUGCUGGAGAAGUUGGUUCUGUCCACGAUUCAACUGUUUUGAAAAGGAGUGAGGUAUGGGAUUUUCUUUUGAACAAUGAAAAAUUUCCAGAAAAUACUCAUCUUCUUGGAGAUAAAGCAUACCAUCUGUUACCAACUUUAAUUACUCUCUACAAGGACAAUGGCCAUUUAAAUAAUGAGCAGACAUUUUAA